GCAUCGUAGCGUAUGGAUCCCAGGAAGAUUACGCCCUGAACUGACCCAUCCUUAUCGUUGGCCACCAGUUCAACGCACACCAUCUCAAUUUCACCCGACUCCCUGCGCCACAUGGUGGGCAAUUCACAGACGCCCAUCGACGUGCUGCACAUCGAGAAUGGCAACGAGCCGGAGCACGCUCGGUUCAGAAAGAUCAGCGCCUAUGUCGACGCCCAGGGCGGGCCUGAUGAUCGGGCCAGCCAGUUGGCUGGCAAUGCCAACAGACUGGCCCUAUUAUCGAGCGACUUCGUCCAGGUCAAUAACGCUAAAAAUCUGAUCCAGCAAAUGCAGAGCGAGUUUCGGCAACUGGGCGAGGAUGCCGGCGCCUCAAUCCGUACCCUGUUCAUCAGAAGACCUGAAGAGCAGGGUACAGCAAGGGAAUUGGAUCCGGAGCCAGUGCAACAGCUUCAGCAGCAGGAGCAGCAUCAGUUGAAGGCCAGCUCCCCCUUGACACCCUCAGCAUCAGCGGAUUCCGACGAGCUAAGCAGUCUCGAUGGUUAUCCCAUGUCCUCGUCCCACUCGUCUCGUCGCGGCGCUAGCUCCAAGCUAAGCUGCGACUCUGCCUAUGGCAGCACCAACUCCCCCUACAGCCUGUCGCGCCAGCGGUCCGGCGACCUACAACCGGGUACACCACGCAACCAGAAUCUGCUGCGUCCGCACACGGCCAGUGCCAAGCUGCCGAGCGCCAUGACUGAUGUCUCGACCCAGGCGCACACUGCCUAUGGCACUCUCAAGGCACGUCAGAGGCUUUAUGGCGGCGGCGGCGGCGGCGCUAUCAAUAGCAUUGGCAAUGGCAAUACCGACGGAGCAGAAUCCUCCAGUGGAUCGGAGCACUCUCUGACAAUGUCCACGCAGCAGCCGCAGGAACAACAGAAGCACAAUAGACCAGACAGCAACUACAACUACCAGCAGCAGCAACAGCAGGUGCAAUCCCAGCCAGUAUAUAACAACAACAACAACAUUGGGCAGGCGUCGCUGACUCCAACCACAUCGCAGCAUUCCCUGCUGAGCUGUAACUCCGCGUCCAGCCUAAGUUCGAGUAUGAAGAUGUCCAAGUUCUGCCACGAGUGUGGCGGCAGGGUCAUCAUCGAGCACGCCAAGUUCUGCAUGGAGUGCGGCGUGCGGCGAAUGAUAUUCUAAUCUCGGGUCUUAACCCCACGUAGAUAUUGUUGUACCCCAUCCCCCACUCACAAAAUCACAUCGCUACACACUCACCCUGAUGAUGGAUGCUGGUGACGAAGAGCGUCGCCUCCUGGGGUCGGGGUCUUUUAUAAGUGUAUACCAAAUGUAGUUACUCACACGCAAUCGAGGCAGCUAAGGAGAGCGUUUGAUAUGUCCUACACACAGAACAAUAAUAAUAUUUAAUAUAUAUAUUUUAUUAUAAACCAAAAAUGCGAACACAAAUUUUUAUAUCGAACGAACGGAGACAGUCAUUGCAGAAGAAGUUCAUUAAAUUGAGGUUUCUCUAAUUAACUUUGCAUUUCUCGUUAAGUGCACAUUUCUCUGACUCAAAAUAAAUGUAAACCAUUAAGCACUUUAAAAAAGUAAAAUUGUUGAUUAACAAAGACUGAACGAAUUUAUACGAUAGGCGAUGGACAAAAAAAUUAAAUGAAUGACAGGCUCCUCCGCAAGCAAGAUCGUAACUAUUUUUAAACAUUUUUCGAAAACUAACGCAGCAACUCCAUUGUAUUGUAUUCUUUAUAAUCUGAUUACUAAUUAUAUAGAGACACUGCUUAAAUAUAUAUACUCUAAAUGAUAAUGCUUA